GUACUUAUGUAGGUGGAUUACAUAUUACCUUCUUUUUUUCCCCAACAUACAUAGACAGAAACGCCUAAACGCACAACACACGCACGCCAUCUUUAUUUUAUUAUUUUACCCCCAUCAUCCCACGCAAAAGGAAAAAAAAAAAGCAACGCCGAAGUCGGACUUCUUGAAUAUAGGGCUGGCUGGCUGGCUUGUGGUACACAGCUUGUAGCAGCGGACGCGGCCAGACAGAACUAGCGGUUUUACCGUGUUCCCGCAACCCCCCGUCCCCGGGUUUCUGGCUAGCUACUCUACCUAGGUACUCUACCUACCUACUUUAGGUACAUUACUAUUCAUCAUCCAUCCAUCCAUCUAUCCGUUCAACUCAACAACAACAACAUCGGCAACCCUUUUUGACGUUCCCUCCCCUUCCCCCCCACAAAAACCCCCCCGAACAUAAAAAAAAAAGAAGAAGGAUCAGAAAAAGACGAGGAAACGCUGCAAACAAUGCUACCCCCGCUCCCACACCUCACAACCUACGACAUCUCGGCGACAAACGGCUUCCUCCCGACCCGCAUCCCGCUCUCCGUGCUUCCGGAUGCGUACUACGAGCCCUGGGAAACGAUUGCGCGGAACCUGCAGAGUCUGAUCUUGAGCAAGCGGCUGGCCAAAAUCGUCGAUGCGCUGCCCGUGCUGGAGACGCGGCUGUUGAGGGGAGAGGACGAGUGGCGCCGCGCGUAUUGCGUCUUGGGGUUUGUGGUGCAUGCGUAUAUUUGGGGUGGUGAAGGGGAGAGUGGGGUUAAUGAUAUCGUCCCGCCUUCCCUGUCGAUACCGUUUCUGCAGGUAUGCCAACACCUCGAGCUCCCGCCCGUCGCUACUUACGCCGGUGUGUGCCUCUGGAACUGGCGGCCCAUCUUCGACGGCGAACCCGUGGAUACCCUGGAUAACCUCGCGACGCACAUGACCUUUACCGGCUCGUUGGACGAAUCGUGGUUCUACCUCGUCUCGGUGGCCAUCGAAGCCCGCGCCGGACCGUUGGUACCGAUGAUGCUCGAGGCCAUCGAAGCCGCGCGGAGAAACGACAGCGUGACGGUGACGCUGUGCUUGCGGUCGCUGGCGGAGCGGCUGGACGAGCUGGGCAGCUUGCUCGAGAGGAUGUAUGAGAGUUGCGACCCGCAUGUUUUCUACCACCGCAUACGCCCGUUCCUCGCCGGAAGCAAGAACAUGGCCGAGGCAGGGCUUCCGAACGGGGUCCUGUUUGACGAUGGAACCGGCGAGCAGGAGUACGUGCAAUACAGCGGAGGAAGCAACGCUCAGAGCUCCAUUAUCCAGUUCUUCGAUAUUGUGCUGGGCGUGGAACAUCGCCCGACCGGCGAGAAAACGUCGGAGGCGUCGAGUGGACCACCGCACGGCUUCAUCCUCGAGAUGCGCAGAUACAUGCCAGGACCGCACCGCCGCUUCCUCGAGCACGUGGAGCGUGUAGCCAACAUCCGCGAGUACGUGACUGGUCGCCGCCACCACGACCGCGCUCUCGUCAUCGCCUUCGAUGCCUGUCUCGCCAUGCUCCGCAGCCUCCGCGACAAGCACAUCCAACUGGUAUCGCGCUACAUCAUCAUCAAAUCCCGCGAGUCGCGCUCCCAAUCUCGGUCCUUAUCCCCCAAGCAAACCCCGCGCAAACCCGUCAAUCUCGCCAACACGCUGCAGCAAGGCAACGGCAAGAAGCUCCGCGGCACGGGCGGAACUGCGCUCAUACCGUUCCUGAAGCAGGCGCGCGACGAGACGGGGGAGCCGGCGAUCGAUGCGUGGGCGAGGAGACUGCUCAACAACGGACCUGCAGGCAUGGGAACGCUGGACGCGGGAGUGGCUACGCUGGGCAAAGUCAAGGAGCACUUUGACGGCGCGGUGGAGAUUGUGGGGUUGGCUGGAACGUGGAGCGUGGAUGACAGCGAGGGCGGAGUGAGUAUUCUUCCCAUGCGGCGUCGUCGUCGUCGUCGUGGUGUGUUUUGUACCCUUUGCUAA